CACACACACACACGCACAUACACUCAUCCGCGCCCCCCAGCCGCCGCCCAGCACCCUCUGCUCUCGCGCCCCGCACGCCCGAGGCCAAUCCCAAGUGACACCCCACCACCUCCCUCCCCUCGCCCCAGAACCAUGACCAACAUGCGUCACACCCAGGAGGCCGCUCCCAACACCCCCGCCCGCAAGGUGGUGGACACGGUCCUGCGCGCCGGCCGCAAGACGGCCCUCUGCACGACCAUCGCCCUGGCGCUGGCCACCUCGACCGGGGUCGUGGCCGGCCGGUCGGCCGCCCCGGUGGGCGACUUCGACCCGAGCCGCGUGUCCAUCGAGGACGGCCGGCUCAUGAUCGAUGGCCACCGUGCCGAGGUCCGCAUGGAGGAGGAUGGCGGCGUGCUGAUCGGCACCGGCGGCAACAUGGUCAAGAUCGACCUGCCCGGCAUGAUGAAUGAGUUCCUGCAAAUGGCGGCCCAGGCCAGCGCCGACGUGGAGGCCGGCCGCGCGCCGCCCCUCGGCCCGACGGCCGACGCCGUGGCCACCGCCGCCGACGCCCUGCUGGCCGAUGCCCUGGAAAACAUCCCCGGCGGGGAGGACCUGGCCGCGGCGGCGGCCGCCGCCGGGGCCGCCGCCCCCAACGCCGGGCUCAAGCAGCCCCGGCACCUGGCCCGGCGGGGCCUGGCCCCGCGCGACGACGUGGUGUGCAACUGCCCCGGCAAGACCUACUGCUACCAGAGCCUGGAGCAGUGCGGCAAGGCCGGCCAGGGCAAGCUGCGCGACUCGCCCCGCGAGUGCGCCAUGACCCUGGGCCCGGUGUACCGGUGCGAGGGGGAGGACUUCUGCCGGACCAUCGACACCUGCCAGUCCAUCAUGAGCGCCGCCGGCAAGCAGGACCCCCACAUGAAGGGCUUCAACGGGGCCGACUACUACUUCGAGGGCCACUCCGGCCGGGUGUACAACAUCAUCACCGACGCCGACUUCCAGAUGAACGCCCAGUUCACCCGGCUGGACUCCCUCAAGGGGACCUACAUGAACCGCCUGGGCAUCCGCGUCGGCAACGACACGGUGGCCUUCCACCCGCACUUCGGCGUGUUCCUCAAUGGCCAGAAGCUGGCCGUGGACAAUGGCCACCCCUAUGCCCUGGAUUACGGCCGGUCCAACAUCAGCGUCGACAUCAUCGACGGCACCCACCGCAUGACCGUCAAGACCCCCAGCUGGCAGGUGGCCGCCCGGGCCAUCUUCGAGAAGGCCCGCGCCAGCAUGACCGACGCCUACAUCAACCUCAACAGCAGCCUGCUCGGGCGGCCGCGCGACCCGCACGGCGUCCUCGGCCAGAGCGCCCGCUUCAUGGUGGACAGCCGCUUCCGCAACAGCCCCGAGGGCUUCCGCGUCGAGGGCGAGGAGGACGACUACGAGGUGCUGGACGGCCUCUUCGGCACGGACUUCAUGUUCAACCGCUUCGACGAGCAGCUGGACCUCUUCGGGGCCGAGGACGAUGAGGCCGACUUCGCCGACAUCCUGGACGAGGACGUCUUCGCCGAGGAGGAGGAGGAGGACGACGACGAGGAGGAGGAGGAGGAGCAUGACCACGAGCAGGAGGACGACCGCGAGCGGGCGGACCGCCGGCAGGCGGUGCACCGCGGCCGCCAGCCCCCGACCGGUGCCCGCCGCCCGGCCGCCCACCGCGUGGACCCCAAGCACACCGUGGUCGGCACCAUUGCCAAGCACCUCCGCCGGAGCCAGCUCCACUGA